GACUUUGGCAGUCCUGCCUCUUACUGCGAAGUAUUUACAUCCUCCCUGGUGUUCAGUGGGUUCUCGUGAGAGUAAAAAUAUUCUGUGAGCGGGUUCGCACUUCGCCGUUCGAGUUCGAGGACUCGCCGUUCGGAUAAAAAAGUUGUUAAAAAUUAAAAAAAUUAUACUUUGUGAACUAAUGAUACAUAUUAGAUAAUACUGUAUUAAAUAUUUGAUUAUUACAGAACAAAUUGCAUUUCAUGCUUAGAGUGCAUACAAGUUACAGGAUGGAAGUUGAAGAACAUUGUAAAUAAAUUAUAAAUUAAAAAAACAGCAGGUUGAAAAUUGCUUUUCAGAAUCAAGGCUCGUAAGAUUAAUUUCCAAAAAUGUAUAAGUUAAUUAUCAUUAUAAGCCUACUUUUGAUUGGCUUUGGAUGUUCUAGUGAGCUAACAUUUUAUGAGAUAUUGGGGGUAUCCAAACAGGCUUCAACUCAAGAGAUAAGACAAGCAUACAAAAAGUUAGCUAUCAAACUGCAUCCUGAUAAAAACUCUAAUAAAACUGAGCAGGAUGCCUUUUUAAAAAUUACCGAGGCCUAUGAAACUCUCAAAGAUCCAGAAAAACGGCAUAAAUAUAACCUGUACGGAUCUCACCAAGCGUACACCAGGAAGUAUGACUACCACUCACAGUCUGAGUACAAUAAUUUGUUUAUGAAGGGUCUCUACUAUGACGAUCCAUAUGUAGUCACAAUUACUGCAAAUAGUUUUGAUAACUUUUUUACCGAAGAGCUCCAUUUUGUCAAUUUCUAUUCACCAUUCUGUCCGCCUUGUCAAAAUUUAGCGGAACAUUGGAAAAAAUUAGCUGAGGUGUAUGCAGGCAUUGUUAAAGUGGGUGCUGUAAAUUGUAAAUACUACAAUUCAUUUUGCUACCAUGUCAAGGAAAUACACAGUUAUCCAACAUUAUACUUCUAUACAAAUGGAAGAAAAGACACAAGCACCCAAUACCGCGGUGACCGUACAUUCAAAAGUUUGGAAGAGUUUGUUCUGUCCUAUCUCAGUGAUAUAGUAGAUGUGCCAAAGUGGACAGUUGUAAAAGCAAGCCGCAUGCCCACAGUGUAUGUUCUUGAGUCCAGUGUCGACAAGAAUGCUCUUCUCCGAAUCGCUUAUAAGCUGAAACGCGUAGCAAAUGUAUGUGUCACUAAUGAGAAGGUAUUAAGAAGCUUGGUGAAGGACCCGAAUAUGAAAGCUGCGUUGAAGUAUUAUGACAAUACUUUUGAUAUUGAUACAACGGAUGAACAAACUCUGCUCAAAAGUAUCGUUAGAAACCUACCAGGCAUUGAGCAAAUCGGAAAGAAACAGUUUCAGGAACUGCGAAAUCGUUUACGUAAUGACGAGAGCGAGAACGCGUGGGUGUUGUAUUUCUCAGCGCGGGCCCGUGAUAAGCUAGCCAUGUACCAAACUGUUGCCGCGCUGCCAGAAAUGAGAUUUGUGGAAAUAAGCUGCGACAAGCUAUCGGAGUUGUGCAGCUCGUUGCAAGUGGACAAGGCGCCCGCGUGGGGCAUCGUGAAGCCGGGCGGCGCCUACCAGAGACUGUUCUCGCAGCCUUCAUCGAACUUGAUACGGAUCUGCGCACGCGCAUACAACCUGCACACACUCUCCACUUCGGACUUCAGUAAAAUACUCGACGGAGAUUUAUCGACGUGGGUUUUAUUAGUGGCGCCGUUUAAAGUUCAGUGGGAACAAAUUCUGCCGGCAUUUGUUGAAGCCGCUUUAGAGUUGCGAGCGACAGGAGUCAGCUUCGGCAUAAUGGCUUGCACCCUCAAGACGGACGAGCAUUGCCGCCGUGUCGCUCAGAACACGCCGGUACUCGCUGUGCAGCAGAGGAGACAUCUGCACCUGUUCAGUGGAGACAUCAACACACAGGCCAUCGUUGAGUUCUUCAUGCUGAUACAACGGUUUAAAGACUUAGUAAUAGACGAACAGACACUGCUGGAGAUAGCAAGUGACCAAUCACGUGAUGAAACGUGGGCUGUGGGGUGUUUCCCCGCCAACUGCGGUCCACAGUGUGAUCAUUUUGAACACCAGAUCAGACUUACAGCUAAACGGCUGUCGAUUCUACCGUAUAUACGCGUAGGCGUAUUACGCUGCGGACGAGGUCGCCCGACGAGCGGGUAUUGCGCAAACGUGCGUGCACCUACACUUCGCGUCUACCCGCACAAUUCCGUACAACACUACACGAUCCUGCUGCAACAUUUGUCGGAGUCAUUGUAUAUCUCGGAAUGGGUGGUCAGCCACGGAGGAGACUACAUCUCCAGCCUGACCACGGACAAUUAUUUCAAGAAAACUGUGCUUGAUGACGAUGUCCCGCUCAGUCUGAGGAAGCCAUGGGUAGUGUAUUUCCACUCACCAAAAUGUUCCAAAUGCUAUGAGAAUUACCCCGACUUCGCAGUCAUGGCUCAUCAACUCGGCCAUGUUGUGAAUUUCGGUAAAGUGAACUGCAUAACAGACCGACCGAUUUGUACCGAGGAAUAUAUCUACAGCUACCCCUCUGUCCGGAUAUACAUGAACAAGAACCACCAGAGAGGUUACACCGCCGUCAUCAACGUACAAAUCACAGACUAUUCGCGGUUGCUCCACGAACUGAAGCCACAUUUGGGAGAUUAUAACGACGAGAUAUAUGCAGCUAUGAAGAAGUUGGGGGCCAUCAAAGAUCAGUACCACGAUGAAUUGUAGAUGUGUUAUAAAGGGAGAAUGAAUCGAAAAAGUUCAAAUUUCACAUUAAUCUCUUAAAACCUUAGUGUAAUAGCUAUGGGUUAUUUUAUUUAGUAUUUUAUUAUAACAAUAUUUUAGUUAGUAGAUAAUAUUUUCAUCAGAUAUGGUAUUAACACAAACUGCCAAUUAAAUUUCUUAUCUUAGCCCUUAAUUAAGUAACUAGAACUGAAUGAGAGCCUAGAACAAUGAACUCAGCAAUCCUAAUUAUUAUUAACCGACUUCAAAAAAGGAGGAGCUUCUCAAUUCGUCUGUUUUUUUCUAUGUUUAUUACCUCAAACUUUCGACUGGGUGAACCGUUUUUGAUAAUUCUAUGUGGAUGAUAAAUUUACGAAUAACUCAAUUUCGCGCCAACCGAUUUCGAUGAUUAUUUUUUUUAUUGGAAAGGAUAUACUCCAAAGUGUGAUGAGAGUUUGGACUUACAGUAAGGGUGCGGGUUUCUAUUCUAUCUAUGGCAGAAUUUCUGACUGUCUGUAAUCAAAUUGCAAAACGCUUACGUUCAUUGCUGCAUUGAAAAAUUUAGUAUAUCUACACAUAUUUAGUUAGUGUACUGCAAAAUCACUAAAAAUUUAAAAAUACGCCAUUAUUUUUAUACUUUUUAGUGCAUAUUAUAUCCAUUGCUUUGGAAGUGUUUCUGAAGUCUGUUGUUUUUUUGUUAAAAAUUUUUUUAAACAAUUUGUUAUUUUAAAGUAAUAUCCAUCAGUUUUAUGAUCAAUAAUUAUCCAAAUUAAAUUUGUAACCAGAGUUUAUGAUGUAGAUGGAGCCACAACUUGAGAGUUGUACCAACACAUACCAAGAUUAACGGUCCAUGCGUCACUCGAACGGUUGGCUCAGUUGGUAAGAGCGCUCGGACAGAACCCGAAAGGCGCGGGUUCGUGUCCCGCAUCGUUCAUAAAUUUGGGUUACAAAUUUAAUUUGUACAAUUUAUUUUAACAUAAAAUCUAUUUAUUCACUUGUCAAAUUGACAGGGCUGACUUGAUAUUAGGCAUUUAUUAAAAUCUUUUUUUUUUAUCUCCGAGUACUUGGAAUUCAUACUCGUGGUUCAUUGCCACUUCGGAAUUUAUUUAUGUAACACGAUAUUUCUUUAAUAUUAUUUCUAAUGCAGAACUAACCUUAAUUGGGUUUUUGAAAAAAAUUUUUUUUGAAGUUUUUUGCAUUAAAUAUCAAUAUUAUUAAUAAUAAAGUUUUAAAAUACAUAAAAAAAAUCAAUAAUUUUUUUUUUCAAAAACCCAAUUAAGCGUUUGAUUGCUUUAAUAUUUAAUUAUAUUAAUUAUUAUAAUGCUAUUUAUUUUAAUUUAGAAAAGUCAAUACAUAUGUGAUAUUUUUUAGUAGGUUUAUUUGUAUUUCCAAUUAGCAUUUAUUUUUAAGGUUAUACGCAUACUACCACUCCAUUUUAGUGGCCUACUAUUUUUAGUGAAAUUUAAUUUUAACAUGAUAAUUGCUUUGUUUAAAAUGAUGUUAUAACGAUAUAUCUUUCUAUUAUGAUGUACAGUGAGUUUAGUUUUUUAACUGUUUUUAAGUGUCGAUUCUUAUAAAUAUUGAGUUGUUCAAUCUUAUUGUAAAUAUGGCAACUGACAUUUUUUGACGUUUGUCACAGUCCCUCUGCUAAAUGUCAAGUGGCAAAUAUAAUAUAACAAAAAAAAUUAAAUCGUUCAAUAACAUCAAAACGGGAUAAAAUUGCCAGCAACUAACCUUUUACAAACUAUUUUUAUUAUUUUCUAUGAACUAUUUGUACUUUUUUUGACAUUCUGUACAGUAAAUAAUAUAUUUUCUCACACAAAAGAUUUAAAGCAUUUUCAUGAAUGUAACUAGCUGACCCGGCAAAUGUUGUUUUGCCAUAUAAAGUAUAAUUCACGCGAUAGUUUUAUAAGUAAUAAAAUAAUGCCUAUAUUACGGAUCCCCUUUUUUGAAAAAAAAAAACAUAGCCUAUAGCCUUCCUCAAUAAAUGGACUACCCGAACACCAACACUGAAAGAAUCAUUCAAAUCGGACCAGUAGUACCAGAGAUUAGCGCGUUCAAACAAACAAACACUGCUUUAUAAUAUUAGUAUAGAUAAUUAAUGCCCAUGGACUAGUAAAAAAAUAAGGACUCCGUGUCACCUUACAUAACAGUGUAGCACCAAAACAAGCCGAUUAACGUGUAAAUACAUAGUCCCACGCACACACUUACAAUACUAUAGGCCGAUAGGCAGCCAUUAUGAGAUAUUUUAAAAAUGCCGUCGUGCGUUGUUAAAAAGUGUAAAAACAAUACUAUAUAAGUAUUUGCCAUAUGAUAUGAUUAUUUAAGGGAGAAAAAAUUGUGUAACUAUUAUCCCCCGUAACCGCACACACACUAGCAUAACGGUGCUUCACUUGCUAAUAUCACGGCGCGGAGUCCUUCAUUUUUUACUCGUCCGUGAUUAAUGCCCUUAAAUAUUUUUUUUUCUUACUAAUUAAUUAAUUAAGUAUUAUUAUCUUUAUAGCAUUGAAAUGGUUUCGCUGUCGAAUGAUUAUGAAAUACUCAUUCCAUAGCACCCAUAGGUUAUAUUAAUACGUGAAAUUAACAUUUAAGGCGCAUUUAUAAUAUGUAAGUUUAAUGUGGUAAUCUCUUUGUCCGUUUGUGGCAUCAUGGCUCCCAAAAUAAUGGGCAGAUUUUGAUGAGGUUGUUUUUGUUUGAAAGUUGAUGUAAUGAUUAGUGGGGGGCUUUUUAAUUAUAUCUGUAGUAAUCUCAGUGUCAAAUAAUCUCAUAUAAUUGGUGAGCGGUUAGCGUAAAUAAUACGCUGGUUACUACCUCGUGCAUUGAUAUUGCAAAUCUAGACUGUCACUCUCCGAGCAACACGUAUUACUUCCAUAUUUAAUAGCAACACUCAAUAUUCAUAAUAUUACUAAACCAUUUAUGUAAUUGUUAACCUUAGUAGUAAUAAAAUUUACAUUUUUCUUA